AUGUCCAGCUCCCUUCCUGGCAAUCGGGAUCUCCCUCCCUCUCAGUAUGACCUGAGUACAUACUGGGGCCGUGUGCGACACUCGGCUGACAUCGCCGAUCCGAGGAUGUUGUUUAUCUCCUCGUCGGGGCUGGAGAGUGCGAAGCAGCUCAUCUCCUCCUAUAAGCAGAGCCAUGUUCCCGUUAUGACCCCCGAGUUGUGGCGUGCGAAGAAGGUGGUCGAUUCCACCCUGCAUCCAGACACUGGCGAACCCGUUUUCCUUCCCUUCCGCAUGUCCUGCUAUGUCCUGACCAACCUUGUGGUGACGGCUGGCAUGCUGACGCCCGGGCUGCAGACCACUGGUACACUUCUCUGGCAGAUUGCGAACCAGUCGCUCAACGUCGCCGUCAACAACGCAAAUGCGAACAAGUCGACCCCUUUGUCCUACUCCCAGAUGGCCAAGUCAUACCUGAUGGCUGUUUCGGCAUCGUGCUCGGUGGCACUGGGUCUGAACGCUCUCGUGCCCCGUCUGAAGGGCUUGUCGCCCAGCACUAAGCUCAUGCUCGGCCGACUGGUGCCUUUCGCUGCCGUGUCCAGCGCUAGCGCCCUGAACGUGUUCCUUAUGCGCGGCGAGGAGAUCCGCCAGGGUAUCGACGUCUACCCAGUUCUGUCGGAGGCUGAGAAGAAGAAGCGGGAGGAGACCGGCGAGCCGAUCCAGAGCUUGGGUAAGAGCAAGACGGCCGCCACCAUCGCUGUGGGUGAGACUGCGGUCAGUCGUGUGUUGAACGCGACCCCGAUCAUGGUCGUGCCGCCGUUGGUUCUGCUCCGGUUGGAGAAGACAGCUUGGCUUCAGGCUCGGCCCCGUAUGGUGCUGCCCCUGAACCUGGGAUUGAUCUUUGCUACAUCCCUGUUUGCCCUGCCGUUGGCGCUGGGAGCCUUCCCGCAGCGCCAGGCCAUCAGCGCGCAGUCUUUGGAGGAGGAGUUCUGGCAGAAGGGUGGCAAGGACGGGAUGGUUGAGUUCAACCGGGGGAUGUAA